AGAUGAAUGUAAAGAUAAAAAUGUUUGUGGUUCGAAUGCAACCUGCAUAAACACAAAAGGCAGUUAUAACUGCACCUGCAAGGCUGGUUACAUACCUAAAUCUGGAAUUAUGACCAUUAUUGGGGAGAGACAGCAAUGUGAAGAUAUAUGUAAGACUGAUGAAACAACCUGUGGAAAUGGAACAUGCCACCAAGGGACCAGUGGUCAUUAUUGUGCCUGCUCUGCAGGGUUUACUAACUACGGCAACAAAAAAUCUCGUUGUUCUGAACUGGACUGUGGCAUUUUCAGAGAUGUCAAUAAUCUAGCAGAGAAUUUUCACAUUGUACAGGAUGGUGUGAAGCUACUGAGUAAACGCUGCCUAAAGCUCAUGGAGAAUGCGGAUGUAGAAGACCUUAAUGGAGAAGGCUUACUAGAGAGCCUGCUCUCCAUAAUUGACCAAAUUUUAUCGACUGGGUUUCUCACUAGUAGCAGGAAAGUCUCCAGCUUUCUUGACUUGGUGGAACAAAGUCUAAGUUUCAUAGGACCUUUUAUUAAACCACCAGGAACUAAUAGAUCCACCAAACAAACAGGUAAAACUAAAGAUGACUGGGCUUUCACCAUUACUGCAGUGGCUCAGCUCUGUGUGCUCGGCACCAUGUGGAUCUUUGGCUGUUUCCAGUUUGAGAAGGGCACAAUAGUCAUGUCUUAUCUGUUCACUAUUUUGGGGAGCCUGCAAGGUGUCAUGCUCUUUGUCAUGCACUGUCUUUUUUCAAAGCAGGUGAGGGAGGAGUAUGAAAACAUUCUUUCUCGUUUAUGCACACCUCAGAAGAGAGCAUACUCCGAGUUCAACUUCUCACAUUCAAGUAAAGCUAAUGCAUCAAGAAGUUCCCAGGACACAGGAGAGUCUCACAUCUAAUAUACCAGAAGCAGAAUGUGCAUAUUAAAGCUUUAUGGCCUAUCUUUACACCCUACAUGCUUCUUUUUCAUGCCAAUACUUAAAAAAAGUUUUCUUGAUAAAUU